AUGUUUAUAGCUGUUUCUAAAAUGGAAUAUGAGCUGAAUCACAAUUCAUUCCUUUUCCAAUAUGGACCUGCAAUUGGAAGUAUUGAAUUCCGCUCUAAAUUAGCAGAGUUUUUAACAAAAGGUUAUGGAUCGAAAGUUGAAGCAUCAGACGUAGUAUUGUCAGCUGGAGCAACCAAUGGAAUUCAUUUGAUUCUGUCAACACUAAUCGAUAUGAAUGGAUUUGUUUUUCUCGAUGAAGUUACUUACAUGAUUGCUUUAGAAGCUAUUCAACAGUUUUCAAACAUCAAAGUCAUUCCUAUUAAAUUAAACGAUGACGGUGUUGAUAUCAACGAUUUGGAAGAAAAGAUUAAAAGCAAUAAAUUUAAUUCAGAACAUAAAAUGUUUUGGGGAAUGUACUACACCAUCCCAACUUUUCACAAUCCAACAGGAAUUCUUUUCUCCAAAGAAAUCAAUGAAGCCUUGAUAAGUCUUGCACGAAAAUACGAUAUUUUAAUUGCAUGUGACGAUGUUUACAACCUGUUGCCUUUUGAAGCUGAACAUCCUCCAAAACGUUUAUAUGCUUACGAUUCGUUUGAUGAUGAAAAUUUCAAAGGAAAUGUUAUUUCAAAUGGAACCUUCUCAAAGCUUUUAUCACCUGGAGUACGUGUUGGAUGGAUGGAGUGUCCACCAAGAAUUGUAAACGAGUUUCAUAAUUCAGGUGUUCUUAAAUCUGGAGGUGGGAUAAACCAUUAUACAUCUGGAAUUGUUUGCAGUCUCAUUGAGCUGGGAUUAGCUGAGAAACAAUUAAAGAAAUGUUUGGAAACUUACAAGGAACAAUGCAAUGCCUUAUGCGAUACUCUCGAUCUUUACUUGCCCUCGUCUUGUAAAUUCAUUAAACCCAAAGGAGGCUACUUUAUUUGGAUUAAACUACCAGAAAACUGUGACGGCGAUGCUUUAAGUGAACAUUGUUUGAAGAAGUUUAAAGUUUUUGCUAUUCGGGGAAGUCGCUUUUCUAUAGAAAAUAAAUGUAAACAUUUUAUUCGUUUGUCAUUUGCUUUCCAUCCACCGGCAUUGUUAAGGAAAGCUGGAAAAGAUUUAUGUGAGGGUAUUAACGAUUACUUCACUCUUCACAACAUAUUUAUCAUGGCCGAAAUGGAUAAUGAAACCGGUGAGAUUAUGAUGAACAGUCUGACUAUUUGUAAUUUCGAUGCAGAAACAGGAGAGUGUGUUGGAAGUGAAUCAGAAAAUGAAUUUGAGAUCAAACAAAGUGCCAUACGUAAGACGAAGUUUAAUGUUCCAAAAUCUUAUUUAACUCAAUCAGAGCCGAAACAAAAUAAAAAGAAAUAUUGUCUUGACAGUAGAGAGACAUAUUCUCUCACAAGUAAAGAACGGAUUAUUGAAUUAAAAGAGAAAAUCAUUCUGGGUUACAACAAAACCAGUCAUCGACUGUUUCUCAUUCCAUCACUUUUCAUCUUUCCGAAAGUUGCUGCAAUCAUCAUAAUGAUCACAGAAAUAAUUCUACAUGUUUGGAGCCACAGCAAAAACACAAGAAAUGCGAAUCCUAAAAUAUAUUACAGAAGUCCACUUCACGCACUCACUUCACAAUUUUGCAGUUUUUGUCUAGAAACUAAAGAUUUCCAUUGCCAAUUGGUUGCUAUUGCUGAAUGGUGGAGCGGCUCAAUACUUAAUGUUUAUAUAGGCAAGGAAGAUUUAGAGAAAUGUGGAACUGAACAUGCUUUAUUGGUAAUGAAUCAUGCAUAUGAAACAGACUGGCUUUUCGGAUGGAUGUUUACAGAAAAAGUUGGCGUGCUAGGAAAUUGUAAAGCUUACGCAAAAAAAGUAAUUUCUUAUAUUCCAACAAUUGGUUGGAGUUGGAAAUUUGCUGAAUUUGUGUUUCUUGAAAGAUCUUUCGAUAAAGAUAAAGUGAUCAUCACAAAGCAGUUGAACGAAAUAUUUGACUAUCCAGAUCCAGUGUGGCUACUUUUAAAUGCAGAAGGUACUCGAUUCACUCCCACAAAGCAUGAAGCAUCUGUAAAGUUUGCUCAAGAACGUGGAAUGGCAGUUUUGAAGCAUCAUUUGGUUCCACGAACCAAGGGUUUCACAUCAAGUCUUCCGGUCUUGAAGAAAAAAUGUCCUGCGAUUAUGGAUGUUCAACUUGUGUUUGAUGAAAAAGACAAAGUCAAACCAACGAUAAUAAAUUUGCUGCGUGGAAAGAAAAUCACCGGUCACAUUUAUCUUCGAAGAGUGCCAAUGUCUGAUGUUCCUGACGAUGAAGCUGCAGCUAGUCAAUGGCUUCAUGAACUGUUUGUUCGUAAAGAUAAGCUGCAAACGAGCUUCCAUAAAACUGGAGAUUUCUUCAAAGCUACUGACAUAACUCCAAUUGAACCAAUUACUUUCAAACCAAGAAUUAAAACACUUAUAAACUGGGUUAGUUGGAUGAUUAUCGGAAUGCUACCGAUUUUGUACUUCCUUCUGACGUUAAUUUUAAGCGGGCAGAUCGCUUAUGUCGCAAUAGGUUCAGCUAUUUUCGUUGCAUUUUACAUGCUGUUUAACUAUGCAAUUGGAAUGUCAAAAAUAGAUAAAGCUUCGAAUUAUGGUGGGACAAAUGAUGACAAGAAGGAUAAUUAAUUUCGUGUUAUAUCGAACUCGAAUAGCAUGAUGCAUAAGUUGAUGCCAUGCCCAUUGCUGUUGUUCAUUUCUAGCUUCCAAAAAUUAUUUUUAAUAUUUUCCGAAUUAUUUCGUUCUUACAUUCUCUUUUCGUUAUUAAGAAAAAAGUUUAAUUACACUUAUAUAUGAGGUUCAGAACUGGAAAAGUAAAAAAGGAACUUUCAUUAGAAUUCAUUAUGCACAACAAUUUAUUAAUGUUUUCAUGAGCUACAAAUUCUGAUAAUAAAAUGUUGUAAAAAUUAAG